UCGGUCAAAAUUAGAAAGUGAUGAAGUCACUCAACUUUCAAUCAGUUGUUUCUCAGUUUUUCGAGUAUGAAAGCACAGUUGUUGUCAGAUGGCCUCUUCCAUUCAUCAUUAUUCCUCCAUUACUUACAUUCUCAAUCGUUACACUGACUGUGACGAAUUUCCAUUUGAACGUGACAAACGACACACUCCAAGUCUUCCUACCAGAUGAUAUGAGAAGCUUGAGGGAUCUCAAGGAACUUUUACGUCUGUUCCCACCGAGAGAUGCUCAACGGGAUACCUACAGUAUAUUUGGGUCGAAGUUUGUGUAUACUGUGAUAGAAGAUGACAGUUCUGAUGGUAAUAUAUUGUCAAGUUCUGGAAUACAAAGAAUGUCAAAGCUUCAUAAGUUUGUAAUGGGGUUAGAGACAUCACUAGGAGACAAUGUUGCAUCGAACUGUUUGAGAAAUAAAGAUGAUGAAGCUUGUACAAUGCAUCCAAUCGCUUUUGCGCUGGAAGAUACAACACCGGAGUUUGCAAUCCAGUUUCUACUUCGUUAUCCAAAUCUAAAAUUUGGAGAUUUUGUAAUCGACAAUGCAAUGGUUUUUGGAGAUGUUCGCAUAGAACCCAAAUCACAAGAUCGGGAUGGAAAUUCGCCAAUUCGUUCUUCAAAGGCUGUUCGAAUGACUUAUAUCUUGGAAUCUAGUGAAUCCACGGAAAGGUGGAUAGAUUUAUUUCUGUCAGCUAUUCCACGAUAUAAAGAAACAAAUUCCACAAUAUUUUGGUCAUCUUCAAAGAGUCUAGCAAAGGAAAUGGAGCGAAAUGGGGAACUUCUGAUUCCAUGGAUGCCUUGGACAUCGCUAGUUCUUGUAGUCUUCUGUAUGUUUGCCUGCUCUUCAUUGAACAUUGUGAAAUCUCAACCAUUCAUUGGAUUUUUUGCAAUGUUCAAUGCAACAAUGGCAACAAUUGCUUCAACGUCUCUUCUUCUUUAUCUACAGUAUCCCUUUCUUCCACUUGUAUUUAUUAUGCCAUUUUUGGUUGUUUCAAUUGGAACUGACAAUAUGUUUCUGAUGCUCAAAAGUUGGAGAAUGACGAAGAAAUCUUCAAAUGAAGAACAACGAUAUAUUCACGCUCUAACGGAAUCAGCGGCUUCUCUUUUCUUAACUUCUCUAACUGAUGGCCUCUCAUUUGCAAUUGGGAGUAUUUCAGAUUUUCAUGCCGUUAGAGUAUUCUGUACGUAUUGUGCUAUGGCGAUUCUAUUCAUGUUCCUCUUUCAAGUUACAUUUUUCAAUGCAGUUAUGUCAUUAUGCUGUAGAAGGGAAGUUUCUGGAAAACAUCCAGUCUUUUGCUGUUAUGAAAUUACCCCGCCAGAAGAAACACAGGUUCUCGAAAAACAGUCAAAUUUCGAUUUUUCUUCCAUUGUUGCCAAACAUUUAUUCAAAAUUCUCAACCCAUUGCCAUCUAGGAUUGGAGUAUUUUUCAUUUUCCUCGCUUAUUUAUUUAUUUCAAUUCAUUUUGCAAUUGGUCUUCCACUUGGAUUAGAUUUAAAAUUAUUGGCUCCGGACGAUUCAUAUGUUUCUAAAGAACUUGAAGCUCAGGAAAGACUUUUUGCGGACUACGGUGGAUUUUGUUUUGCACUUGUUCGAGCUGAAAAUAUCUCAUUGAAAGACCCAAUGGUACGAAGAAAUUUGAUAGGACUCUAUCGAGAUCUUGGAGGAAGUGAAUAUAGUUCUCCAUCCGAGUUCUGGCUGGAUCCAUUUGAGAAGAAAAAUCGUGGGAAAAAAUAUUCAGAAUCCGAUUUUUCCGACGAACUUCACACAUUUCUCGCGAAAGAGCCUCAUUUAAAAUUUCGAAAUGAUAUUAGAUUCACAAUGAUGGGGAAGAUUGAAGCAAUGAAAAUGAUGUUUCGAGUAAGGAAAUUAGGGAAGGAUAAUGAUGCUCCACGAGCAGAAUAUAUGAGAAAAGUGAUGGAAAAUAGUCAAUUCAAUGGAUUUGUAUAUGAUACCAGUUUUUUAUUGGUUGAUCAGCAAAUGACUACGGUUUAUAAUGUAAUUGUUGAUGUGGUUUCAGCAAUUUUAACAAUGUUAUCUAUUUGUGUAUUGAUGGUUCCUCGCCCGGUAUCUGCAAUGUGUAUUGCUUUUGCCAUAUUAUCAGUGAAUAUUGGAGUAAUCGGAGCCCUGGCAGCUACAAAUACACGACUUGAUAUUAUCUCAAUGAUAACAAUUGUGAUGAGUGUGGGAUUUUCAGUUGAUUAUGUCACGCAUACCACUUUUCAUUUUGUUAUUCAAAGGGACAAUCGUCUUGAGAAAUGCCUCCUGGUAAUGACAGAACCAAUUCUACAAUCAGCUUUAUCAACAGCUAUUGGAGUAUCACUUCUAUCAUUUGUUCACUCAUAUAUUGUUCGAACAUUUGUAAAUACCGUAUUCUUUGUAGUUGGGCUCGGAAUUCUACAUGGUCUCAUAUUUUUGCCUGUUCUUCUUGAUACAAUUGUCCCGGACUCAGAGUAUAUGGUUCCUUAUGAACCACAGCAUGAGGAUGAGGAAAAUCCAAAUCAUUACGAGGAUCUUUACGGUUUAUAAUUUCAAUGUGUUUUUACUUCAAGGAUGUAAAUAAAAUUU